GAAGAAGAAGAAAGCAUUUGUUUCUUUUUGCUAAACAUUAGCUUCACACUCAUUCAUAUAUCAGUCGGCUUUUUUAAAAACACUAUAUUUGUUAUAUUGGUUUUACAAGGUGGAGGCUGUUUUGUGUGUUAUAUGCGUCCAGUAUGAGCGGGGGGUUGGCACCAAGCAGAAGCACUGUGUAUGUGUCAAACCUGCCAUUCUCUCUCACCAACAAUGACCUGCACAAGCUAUUCACCAAAUAUGGAAAGGUUGUAAAGGUUACAAUCGUUAAAGAUAAAGAGACUCGCCUGAGUAAAGGGGUGGCGUUCGUUCUCUUCCUGGACAGAGAAUCAGCUCAUAACUGUGCAAAAGCAGUGAACAACAAACAGUUGUUUGGCAGAACAGUGAAAGCGAGCAUCGCCGUAGACAAUGGACGAGCAACUGAGUUCAUAAAAAGACGAAACUACACGGACAAGACUAAAUGUUACGAAUGUGGGGAUACGGGUCAUCUGAGCUACGCAUGCCCCAAAAACAUCCUGGGAGAAAGGGAAGCUCCGAAGAAGAAAGAGAAGAAAAAGAAGAAAGAGGCAGAAAAACCUGGGCAUGUUGAGGAAGAAGAAGAAGAAAGUGAAGAAGAGGGAGAGGACCCAACCUUGGACAGUCUGAGCCAAGCCAUAGCUUUUCAGCAAGCCAGUAUUGAGGCAGAGGAGACGCAGAAGAAGCGGGCACGUUUGUCUCAAGAAGAAAGUGCUCACGCUUCAACAUCCUCAGACUCCAAGAAACCAAGGAUCAAAAAGAGCGCGUAUUUCAGUGAUGAGGAGGAGCUAAGCGACUAAUUAUAAUGAUAAUAUAGUUAUAACACAGGGUUUAGACAUAAGCCCUAUGUUAUACAUGAAAUAGUCCUUUAUUUUUGUAAGUUGUAUUAUAUGGGAGAUGCAUCCUUUACACAGAUACACAUCAGAUUUUCUUUUUACUUCUUGUACAUAAAACUCAAACAUUGUAUUUGUUUUUAUAUGUCAGUCAAUAAAACCUUGCUUCUUAAUGACAGGCCAAAUUCUUUGUUGUUGUUCCGGUGUUAAACAAAUAAUGAGAUACUGAUUUCUGAAAGAGACAUUUUUUUACUUUUACCGGUGAACUGAGUGGAAUUUUGUUCAUUCAUUUGUAUUAUGUUUCCCAAAACUGUCCAAAUAAGUGAUGUGUGUCAUAUGUUUAUUUUGUAUUGCUAUGUUUCCUAUUGAGACACAACCAACAAGGAUUAAAAUGUAAUGAGUCUUUCUGAACUACAUGUAGUGAUUUUGACGGUGUGUGUAAAUACUAAAUAUUGCAACAGCUAAAA